UCUCCUACGCGAGUUUGGUUUGAGGGCUUUUGAAAUUAGAAUCACUCCGAACGGGUUGUUUUUGCUUGUGAUUUCUGUGAUGAAUUUGUCUCUAGUAGCUAUCUCCCAAAACUAGUGGGUGUCCAUUCAUCCAAAUGUUUCGCCUGCCGGUCUCGCUUUGCAUGUAGCCGGUGGUUUCAGCCUGCGCCCAGGUGGUUCACGCGAAAUUGCGAACGGGAUUUUAUUUGUCUUUAUAUUUGUUGGUGAGAGACAUCCCUUUUUAUUUAUCGGAAAGCACGUACACUAUUUUCCCCCAACAAUGGCUGAUGCUAAUGCAGAAUGCAAUAUCAAGGUGUUGUGUCGGUUUCGUCCUCUGAACAAGUCCGAAAUUAUCCGCGGAGAUAAGUUCAUCCCAGUGUUUCAGGGAGAAGACACUGUCAUCCUGGGGGGGAAGUCAUACGUGUUUGACCAGGUGUUUCCUACGAACACCACCCAGAUACAGGUCUACAACACCUGUGCCAAGCAGAUUGUCAAAGAUGUUUUGGGUGGAUACAAUGGGACUAUAUUUGCCUAUGGGCAGACGUCCUCUGGAAAAACACACACCAUGGAGGGGAACCUUCAUGAUCCCCAGGGAAUGGGAAUCAUCCCCCGGAUCGCAGAGGACAUUUUUGAACAUAUAUUUGCUAUGGAUGAGAACCUAGAAUUUCACAUAAAGGUCUCCUAUUUCGAGAUCUAUAUGGAUAAGAUACGAGACCUGCUGGAUGUGACCAAAACCAACUUGUCGGUGCAUGAAGACAAACACAGAGUUCCUUACGUGAAGGGCUGCACGGAGCGCUUUGUGACGAGUCCCGAGGAAGUGAUGGAUGUGAUAGAUGAAGGGAAGGCCAGCCGUCACGUUGCUGUCACCAACAUGAAUGAGCACAGUUCCCGCAGUCACAGCAUCUUCCUGAUAAACAUCAAACAAGAGAACGUGGAGACAGAGCAGAAGCUGUGUGGGAAGCUGUACCUGGUCGACCUCGCUGGGAGUGAGAAGGUCAGUAAGACAGGUGCAGAGGGAGCAGUGCUCGAUGAGGCCAAGAACAUCAACAGGUCUCUGUCGGCGCUGGGGAACGUCAUCUCAGCCUUGGCCGAGGGAACGAAAUCUCACGUGCCGUACCGUGACAGCAAAAUGACUCGCAUCUUACAGGACUCAUUGGGCGGGAACUGUCGCACCACCAUGUUCAUCUGUUGCUCUCCGUCCAGCUACAAUGAUGUGGAGACCAAAUCCACCCUGAUGUUCGGCCAACGAGCCAAGACCAUCAGAAAUACUGUAUCUGUGAACCUUGAGCUCACAGCAGAGCAGUGGAAGAAGAAGUACGAAAAGGAAAAGGAGAAGAACAGGUUAUUGAAGGAGACUGUUCAGAGACUGGAGACUGAGCUGAACUGCUGGAAGAACGGUGAGGCUGUCGAGUUAGAGCAACUGAGCCCUGAAGACGUCCCCCUGGUUCCUCCUGAAUCUGAGGAGCCCGUUCCAGACAUAUGCACCCCCUGCAGUCCCUGCACCCCCUGCAGCCCCUGCUCUGUUGCCUCUUCCAUUGUGGUUCACAUCUCUGAGGAGGAGCGGCAGAAAUAUGAGGCGGAGAUCCGCAAGCUUUACAAACAGAUGGAUGAUAAGGAUGAUGAGAUCAAUCACCAGAGCCAGAUGGUGGAGAAACUGAAGGAGCAGAUGCUCGACCAGGAGGAGCUUCUGGCAUCCUCCAGGGGUGACAGCGAGAAGGUGCAGUCAGACCUCGGCAGGCUGCAGACGGAGAAUCAAUCCGCCAAGGCCGAGGUGAAAGAAGUCCUCCAAGCUCUGGAGGAGCUGGCAGUGAACUACGACCAGAGGAGCCUGGAGGUCGAGGAGAGGAGUGUGCAGAAGAAGCUGCUGGCUGAAGAGCUGGCCAAGAAAGUGGCUCAACUCAAGGCUGUAGAAGCAGAGCUGUCUCGCAUCCAGGAAGUGAGCAGCCAUCAAAGGAAACGCAUCACUGAGAUUCUCAACAGCCUGAUGAGGGACCUGAGUGAGUUCAGCACCAUCGUUGGGAACAGGGACAUCAAGCUGCCCGUGGAGAUCACCGGUUCAAUCGAAGAGGAGUUCACAGUAGCCCGCCUCUACAUCAGUAAGAUCAAGUCUGAGGUGAAGUCCAUGCUGAAACGCUGCCGUCAUCUGGAGAGCCACCAGAUGGAGUGUCACCGCAAGAUGGAGGAAACGGGCAGAGAGCUGUCCUCCUGUCAGCUCCUCAUUUCACAGCACGAGGCAAAGAUCCGCUCUCUGAUGGACUACAUGCAAAAUGUGGAGCUGAAGAAGAGGAAGUUGGAAGACAGCUAUGACUCUCUGAGUGAAGAGCUGGCCAAACUCCAAGCUCAAGAGAGCAUGGCACUGGUCACCAGCGGCGAGAAUCACUCUUCUGUCCAGGAUCCCUGUGAUAUAAAGAGGGCUCUGGAGCAGCAGAUGGAGUCACAUCGUGAGUCGCACAGCAAACAGCUCGGUCGCCUGCGAGAUGAGAUCAAUGAGAACCAGAAGAUCAUCGACGACUUAACUGAUUGUAACCAGAAGCAGGAGCUGGAGUUGGAGCAACUGCAUUACGACUUUCAACAUCUCAGGAGUCAAGAACAUCACAAGAGCCGGCAGCUGGAGGAACUGACAUUUCUCCAUGAGCGACAUGAGCAGUCCAAGCGGGACCUCAAAGGGCUGGAAGACACGGUUGCUCGUGAGCUCUACACCCUGCACAACCUCCGCAAGCUUUUUGUUCAAGACCUCACAACCCGAGUUAGAAAAAGUGCACAGUUGGAGCUUGAUGAGAGAGGGGGAUAUAUCAGUCAGAAACAGAAGAUUUCCUUUCUUGAAAACAACCUCGACCAGCUUACAAAAGUUCACAAACAGCUGGUGCGUGACAAUGCAGAUCUUCGCUGUGAGCUUCCAAAACUGGAGAAACGUCUUCGGUCUACAGCAGAGCGAGUCAAGGCUCUGGAGGUCGCGCUGAAGGAGGCGAAGGAAGGAGCCAUGAAGGACCGCCACCGCUACCAGCAGGAGGUGGAGCGCAUCAAGGAUGUGAUGAGGGUCCGCAAUCCCUUCCGCCGGCCCCAUGCUGCACAAAUAGGUAAUACAUCAUCCUGCUCACUGACUCACACACUCAGAAAAUACUUCAGAAUAAUUUAA